UCCACAAUCUCCCCCUUUAAAGCAGACAGAUUUAUCCCUCUCUCUCUCUCUCUCUUGAUUUCAGAUAAUGUUCAGUUUCAUCUCAUCUCUCCUAUUCCUCCUAUAUGUAUUGACUGCUCUCUCUUUUCCUCACAGCUAGUUUUUGAAACUCAACAGUGAAGGUGGGGCUGACAGAAAUCAAGCAAUGUUGGACUAUGGCUGGGGGAACACAUCAUCGAUCAUGCUCAAUGCCGAAGAACCCGGUCCGGAUCCCGAACCGAACCGCCCGGUUUUCGACCCUUACCCUUCCCACUCCUUCUCCGACCCGCCCGCCAAUUUCGCUAACCCGGAACCCCACUUCUCCGCCGCCGUCAACCACCACCUCCCUUUCCAUACCCCUUCCCCAAACACCCACUUCACCGCCUUCUACAGCGGCGCCGCGGCCUCAUACGCGCCGCCGCAUCCAUCAAUGCUGACGCUCGAACCGGCUUACUCGGUGGUGCCCAAGAGCGAGCCUGUGGGAGGCGCCUUCGACUUCAACGCCGAGUACAAUAGCAGAAUCGGCCUCAACCUCGGCGGCCGGACCUACUUCGCCUCCUCGGAAGACGACUUCGUGAACCGCCUCUACCACCGGUCCAGGAUUUUGGAGCCCGGUUCGGCCAACUCGCCGCGCUGCCAGGCGGAAGGCUGCAACGCCGACCUCACCCACGCCAAGCACUACCACCGCCGCCACAAGGUCUGCGAGUUCCAUUCCAAGGCCGCCACCGUCAUCGCUGCCGGCCUCACCCAGCGCUUCUGCCAGCAAUGCAGCAGAUUCCACCUGCUGUCGGAAUUCGACAACGGCAAGAGAAGCUGCCGCAAGAGGCUCGCCGACCACAACCGCCGCCGCCGCAAAUCCCAGCAAAACAACCACGAAAAAUCCCACCCCGAAAUCUCCUCCGCCUCUGAAAACCUAGCAAGGUCACCGCCGGAAUCCGGCCAACACUCUUCAUCGGUGACGGUGGCGAUCUCCCCGCCGAGAAUCUCACUUGAUUGCUUCCGCCACCGCAGCGGCACAGCUACGUCGUCGAACUCCCUCUUCUACUCCAACGGGUAAUUUAAAGAAAGAAAGCAAGCUCAAGAAAAUGAAGAGGCUAUUAGCAAUAACAUAGUUGAGAGUUAUGAUGAUUUCCUUUUCCUCAUCCUUCUUGUUAACCCUUAUCUAAAUUCCCAUCCAACUUAAUUUCCCUUUUCAAAAAUUUUUUUUAUUAGUAUUAUGAUGAAUUAUUAUGUUUCCGUGCUUGUAACCAUAUAUGAGCAAUGUACCUUCAUCUUCCAAUGGGAUUGAAUUCCCACUUUGCAUGCCUAA